ACGCUGAGGCGCGUUGGUAUUAUUGGUAAAAGUGACCAAACUUCAACGGCAGACACUUACCACUCCAGUAUUAUCGGCCUCAGACACAUUUAAUUUACAUCUAAACUAUGUAAAAUGCGAUGAAUAAUUACACUGCUUGUCUCGUGGCUUUCUAAAUCAGGUAUCGUAGCGUUAAACAUGAUGCUCGCGCCUGUGGUGUGGACAGCUGUUUUAUUUAGUUUUGUUAAAGCCACUAUCCAGGACACCGGUCCAACUGAUACACCAGACAUGGAGAGCGGUUCGGGGAUGUUUCUGACAGCAGUAGACCUUCUUGAUCAUCUAUGGCAGGUGGCUAAUCGCAGCAAUGCAUCAGUGACCCAUGAAAAUCGUUGUCCAGUCCUGCAUGUAGGCCAGUACUCCACCCUCUCUGUACCGCUACACCAGGUGUUUGGACACAGGUUUGGUGAUGAGUUCAGUUUGCUGUUGCGUCUGCGAAGCUCCCAGUCUGAAGACCGCAGUGUGCUGACCUUCCUCUGUCCAGACGGACACAUUCUCCUGCAGAUCCGCAUCAGUGCCUACACCUUCACCUUCAUCAGCACCCAACAACGACACUACGAAUUCCCCGUGGCAGUGCUGUCCGAUGGAGGCUGGCACCAUGUGGCCAUCAGCGUGUCCUCUGGCCGUUUGGCUUUGUAUGUGGAUUGCUCCAUGGUUGAGAGCGUGGACUGGGCCUAUAAGGACGGUCUGGGAAUAUCCACUAAUGGCCUGGUAAUGGUGGGAGGAAUCGUUGAAGGGUUUGAGACCCCUUUUGAGGGUGAUCUGAUGCAGGUGGCAUUUCUGAUGGGAGAGCCAGAUGCAGCUCGAGAUCAGUGUGACGUUUUUCAGUCCCCGUGUGGUGAUAUCAGACACAAACCACCUCGCUCUCCUCGCAUAGACACUGAAGAGGAACUUUUGCUGUCCUCAAAUGACCUGGAAGACUUAUUAGUGUCAGCAAAGGACAAUGACUCUAUUCGUGCAAAACUGACUGGUCUCAGGAGACGUGGGAUUAUACGUGGUGAUGGUACUAUUCCCACUGGAUCCAAACGUCCUGUCCUUGUGGGGCGAGGUGAUGUGUUUGUUGUGGAUGAGGAUACAGACCUUGUGGACCAAAACAUAUUGUCCAAAAAUGGUGGUAAACCUUCCAAAUCCUUUCCAACUGACACUACAGAAAGUCGUGACGGAAAACCAGCAUCCACAUCUAAACAUUUAGAUGAAAACAUCACCACUGACAAGCACAAACCAGGCAAACCUUCACCAAAGAAACCAGUGGAUACCAGAAUUAUCAACUUGGAUGUUCAGGUACCCGAGAAACCUACCGGAAGUACUGUAUCUAGUGGAGAAACUCUCCUAGAAACCACCUCAAGUCCUGAGGAUCGAGAAUCAAACUUGUUAAAAGAGGAUCUGGGGGCCAUCACACAGGCUCCUGAUAGUACAACUUAUUGGGAAGGCAUCUCAAAAGGCAGUGGAAGAACAGCAUCCGGGACUCCUGAUAUCCCUGCAGGGUCUGGUUGGGGAUCUGAGGAGAACCCAGGUACCGUUAUACUCACAGGCAGGCAUGGAGACCUUGUGCGUGGCUCUGAUGGGAAUAUGUAUCACAUCCAACGGGGACCCAUGGGGCCAGUGGGGCCCCGGGGUGAGCCUGGAUGUCCUGGCAGUGUUGGCUAUCCAGGAGCCAAAGGUGAUAAGGGUGCCAUUGGGCUUAGGGGCCGUCCAGGUCGCCAUGGAUUCCGAGGACCUCCCGGGCCUCCUGGGCUGCCCACAUUCUACCUGUGGAGAAACACACCUGAAGAAUGGGCUGCGUUUCAGCAAACAUCAUUCUUCCAGCUUCUCCUUGCAGGCUGGCCUAGAGCGCAAGGUCUACCUGGUCCUGAAGGAGAGAUGGGAAAACCUGGACGGCAGGGGCCACCUGGGGAGCCAGGUGAACGAGGCCGCCCAGGACGUAUGGGAGACAUGGGUGACCGUGGACCAAAGGGUGUGGUUGGAAGAGCAGGAGUCCACGGAAAGGAUGGGGAAAACGGACUGGACGGGCCUCAGGGGUCUCCAGGAAUUCCAGGACCAAAGGGUCCUCUAGGCUAUAAAGGUGAAUCCGGCUCACCUGGAGAAAAAGGAGAGGAGGGCAUUAUUGGACCUGAGGGUCUAUGUGGAGAUAUGGGAAAACCCGGUGAGAAAGGCUCAAAAGGUGUACCUGGCUCUCCUGGUCCUGUUGGCCCUCCUGGUCCACAAGGUAUGAGAGGGAUGGAGGGGCCUGAAGGGCAUCCAGGGCCAGAUGGGGAUGAUGGGAUGGAUGGACCACCAGGUCUUCCAGGUGCACCUGGAGUUCCUGGUUGGACAGGUGUGGUUGGUGCCCAGGGGCCUAAUGGGUCGCGUGGGGAGUCUGGGCCUCCAGGACCUGUUGGUCUUACGGGUCCACGGGGUCCCCAGGGAUUAGAGGGACAGAACCAACCUCCUGGGCCCAGGGGUCCACAGGGGCUGUCAGGCCGGGAUGGUUUUCCUGGUCCUAAAGGAGAGCCUGGACCUGCAGGGCCAAUGGGCCUCAGAGGGGAGCCAGGAUUUGAAGGAAUAAUGGGUGUACUAGGAACACAAGGUCCAAAGGGUUUUACUGGUAACAAAGGUAACAGAGGACCUGAUGGGGACCAGGGAGACUUUGGACCUAAAGGAAACAAAGGUGCUAGAGGAGCCCCAGGGGUUUCGGGCAUUCAAGGUGAGCAGGGAGCAAUGGGCUUUCCUGGUUUCCCAGGCAUCAGAGGUCUGCCAGGACCACUGGGUAUUCAGGGAGAGGAUGGAGAGGCUGGUUUGCAUGGCAAAGUGGGCAAGGAGGGGUCAAAGGGGAGCAGAGGUCCUGAAGGCCUGCCGGGAAAGCCUGGUCCAAGAGGCCUAAAGGGACGAACAGGGCAGAGGGGUCACAAUGGCAUGCCUGGACUUCCUGGUUUACCUGGCCCACCUGGACCUGUUGGAGCUGAAGGAAAGCCUGGUACACAGGGACUUCAAGGCCUUGUGGGUAAUGCAGGAAUUAAAGGACCAACGGGAUUGCAAGGUAUUCCUGGAGAACCUGGUCAGGAUGGACCCCCAGGAUCUAUGGGUCUGCCUGGACGAGAGGGAUCUAUGGGCAGUCCAGGACCACCAGGAGAGAGGGGUUUCUCUGGAAAGACAGGAGUGGAGGGACCGCAGGGCCCUGUAGGCAUGUAUGGUUUUCCAGGAAACAUGGGUAUGAGAGGAAGACCAGGCCACGCUGGAGACAGAGGAGAGACAGGUCUAAGAGGGUCUCCUGGACCACAUGGAAAGCCUGGACCACCAGGUCCCCCUGGUCCAGUAGGAGAAAAAGGCCUGCCAGGACCCCAGGGCCGUCAGGGAGAUCCCGGGCAUCAGGGAACAGAUGGGCCAUGUGGUCCGCCAGGACUUCAGGGUGUCAGUGGGGUCAUUGGAAAAUCAGGACCCAGUGGAAGUAAAGGGCUCUCAGGAGAACCUGGGCCAAACGGGCCCCAGGGUAUUCCAGGUUUACAGGGGGGAAAUGGAGUGCCAGGUGUAGAUGGGAUGAAAGGAGAAAAGGGAAUGAUGGGCCCUCCUGGUGACAACGGGCCUCUCGGACUGGAAGGGCCACAGGGUCCAACUGGUCCAACGGGUUUGGAGGGGCCUCCUGGAAGGAAAGGUGAUAAGGGGGACAGAGGUCCCUUCGGAAAGCUCGGUCUUCAAGGACCAAAAGGAAACAUUGGCCCUCCAGGUGCUAAAGGUCCAAUGGGUCCACCAGGCCCAGCAGGCAAUGAGGGUGAUGCUGGUCCAGUUGGUGUUGCUGGAGACCCCGGCCCUAAAGGAGAAAAGGGUGAUAUUGGGCCACGAGGAUUUACUGGUAUAGAUGGGCCGUGGGGAGACAUAGGGGAGCAGGGAGAGAAGGGACUCAAGGGAGCCAAGGGUCAAAUUGGACUACUGGGAGAGUCAGGCCUCAUGGGCGGGAAUGGACCUGCUGGUCUGAAAGGUGUAGAGGGUGGACCAGGCCAUCCAGGGCUGGUGGGGCCAGAUGGACCUCCAGGAAGCAAGGGAGAAGUUGGGCUGAGUGGUUUACUUGGUGAGCCAGGAGAUGCUGGACCUGAGGGAAUUGCAGGUCCCAAAGGCGUACGAGGUGACUCAGGAAAAGCCGGCACACAGGGUGGUGUUGGAUCAUUUGGUCCCCAAGGUCAUUUGGGCCCUAAAGGUCUCCCAGGGCCUGAAGGGGAGAAAGGAGACCCAGGAGAUAAAGGAGAACAAGGGGUGAAGGGACCAGACGGCCUUCAGGGCAUACAAGGGCCUCCAGGACUGCUUGGUUUGGAGGGUCCACAAGGUGAGGAAGGGGCAAGGGGCUCGCCAGGCCCACCAGGAACUCAGGGCCGUUUGGGUAACCCAGGACCUCAAGGAAAAGAGGGCAUGAAAGGAGUGAAGGGAGCUCAAGGCAAAGAUGGAGCACCUGGAAAAAUAGGUCACAUUGGACGGAGGGGUAAAAGAGGAAAGGCAGGGUUGAGAGGGACCAGAGGACCAAGAGGAGAAAAGGGAGAGAUUGGAGAUGAAGGAGAGAAAGGACUUCCUGGAUGGGGUGGAAGUAUGGGAAUCCAAGGGGUGAAAGGAGAGCCUGGCGAGCGAGGUGUCAAAGGAGCAGAGGGUGAGAAAGGGGAUCAGGGACCUCUUGGUCCACCAGGGAGAGAUGGCUUGAAGGGGAGUUUGGGGCCUCUUGGUCCUCCAGGACCCCCAGGACCAAAGGGGGUUCAGGGCAAUAUUGGUCCAGCUGGGCCUAGAGGGACACCUGGAAUACCUGGACUACCAGGCUUGUUUGGAGACAAGGGACUCAAGGGAUUUCAGGGGCCUCCUGGCCCCAUUGGAAGACGGGGCAUUCCAGGGCCACCGGGGCCACCAGGACCUGCUGGUAAUACUGUGAACCUGACCAUGACUCAGAUCAAGGACCUGAUGUACAUUUCAGACAAGCCCAAUUACCCUCUGAUUCAGACACUGCUGGACUCUCUGUACCAUGACCUCCGGCUUCUGGUGGACCCUCCAGACGGCAGCAAGCAGCACCCAGCCUCUACCUGUCUGGAGCUGUGGCUGUGCCAUCCCAACUACACCAGUGGUUUCUACUACAUUGACCCAAACCAAGGCAGUCCUUUAGAUGCUUUUUUGGCCUACUGUAACUUCUCAAAUUCAGGAGCAGAGACCUGCCUUUACCCCAGAGAUGCACAUCUGCCCAUAAGGACUUGGCUGAAUGACUUAGGGAAUAACAGCAAGUUUUACUGGUUAGGUUCACUGGAGGGAGGUUUUAAACUUGAGUAUCCAGCCCUCAGUGUGGUUCAGCUGCGGUUCCUGCGACUCCAGAGCAACAGAGCAGAGCAGAGAGUGACGUACUCCUGUUACCCUGGACACCAACUAGGCCAGACACAGCGACAGGUCCAGUUCCUCACAGACGCCGUGAAGCAGAGCUAUUUAGGAGCAUUACAGGAUUGUGUGUCUGCAGAGGAAGUGGAUCCUGGACCACGUGAGUCUGUGUUUCAGUUUGAGGACAUGGACCUGCUUCCUCUACAUGACAUAGGAAUCUUUGGCAACAGCACUCACGAGUUUGGCUUCACCAUUGGCCCUGUGUGCUUCAGCUAGAGACAUACUGAAUGAUAACGGUACAUUCUGUGUGUUUAAAUACAAGCAACAAAGAGAAGAAAACAGAACACUCUGAAGAAGCAUGUGGCAUCUAUGGCUUGUACUAAAGGAAAUACUCUACAAAGUCCUUUAGACAGUGACUCCACACAAGGGUCCUAUCUUUCCCGGUGCUGCCAGAAAAAUGGACAAUAUCCUUUUUUUGUUUACAGGGACUUAUGGCUUUUUAAUUGAUGUACUAUUUUAUAACUAAUUUUAUUUGAUUUAGCAAUGUUUUUUAAUCACUAGCUGGUCUUGUAAUAACGUUGUAGAAGACGCUUGGAUCGCAUCAAGUGUAAUGACAGGGUUCUGACGUGACCACUAUGUGGUUGCAUGGUCCAAGUUUCAACUGUAUACUACUUUAAUCAUGUGCAUAAUGUUAAGACUUUCCAUUAUAAGGCAAUAUAAGUGCAUUCUUGGAGUUUAUAAAUGACACUUUUUCCCCCUCUCAUCUUAAGUGUCAAACUUGAAUUUCAGAACUGAUAGAAACAAAGCGUCCCAGUGAGGACACAGCUAACCUUCCCAUGAGAUUUAAAUAUCAGGAAGUCUGUGUGACCUUUCUGGUUUCUCUGUUCAUGUCAUGGUUCAAUUUCAGAAAGGGUCAUAUUGCCUAAAUAUUGUUCAAAUAUGUGGUUAUGGGUGCUAAAAUUUACGAUACAGCAGUAAUAGUUGUUUCCAAAAGAGAAUAAUUAUACUAACUGCAGCAAAUAGCCAUGCAAGCAGUGAUCUAAUGUGCAUUAUGGGUACAAGAAUGCGCAUGCAAAAAGUCAUAGUGGGAGUCUUCUUUAGUUCACAUUUACUGUAUGUAGGUCUCAGGGAGCACUUAUGACAUAAAUGUAAGAAAAUGCUCAAAUUAUAUUGGAUAAUUUUGAGAAUAAUCAGACAAAGCCAAAUUGAAUCAUUCAGCAUUGCUUUAAAGCAGUUAUCAAUAAUGACAUUGUAAACCACAUUCAAUUUAGGCACAGGUGCUUUAUUUUGUUCAAUUAGCCUAUAUUUUGUAAUGUAUAUUGUGUUUUCUAUGUAUUUUUGGUGUUAUCAGAAAUCACAUGCUGGUCAUCUGUUUUGAGUAUCAGCUAUAAAAAAAAAUGCAUUAAUAAUGUAUCAUUUAAAUCGUG